UCUGUUUGCUGAAGUUAAUUUUGACUCUACUCGUUUCAACUUCAAGUGUAGAAAGAACAUUUUCAACUUUGAGAUAUAUUAAAACCAAGUUUCAAAAUCGAAUAGCGACCAAUUUUCUAAUUAUUGCUUAGUUUGAUACAUUGAGAAUAUGAAAAUACGUCGUGAUUAUUUAUGAAAAUAAUAAUUGUAUUAGUCUAAUAUUUAUUUAUUAUUUGUCAAUGAAUUAUUUGGAUAUUAUUAGUUUAAUUAUAUUUAUUAAAUAAAUAAUUAUUUAUUUAUAUUAUAGAAAGAAGACACAGAUACUUUCGAUUGCUGGCUCCGCCACUGAAAAAGAUGUGCAUGUCAAAAAUUUCAAUCCUAUCAUCUCUUUACCCUGAAGUUAUCCUCUAAAAGUUGUGCAAUAUGAUCCAUUCUCCAUAAAUGGGUUGCCACUAACUGUCCUAAGAGCUUUUGAUUGGGUUAUAACGUGGUUAAGGUCUAAGAUAUUGGGAAUAAAGUCUUUUAUGGUGGUGGAAAUAUUAACUGUUUUGCUCAAUGUUUAACAUAUUCCAAACCGAAGCAACAUGCAACACAUCUUUCUUUACUUUUUUUGCAUUGAUACACUUUAAGCACAUGAUAAAAUUUUCAAACAGUAAUAAGUGAAACUUAGCCAUUGGGCAAUAAAACAACUCCUUUUUAAAUGUAUCAAACUUGUGGCUAAUCUCAUUAUUUCUCUUUUUUCACUUUUUAUUUUGUAAAGAGCGAAAGAUCAAGCAAGCCACAUUUUCAAAGAUUUCAUAAGGAGAAAAUUUUGUAGAAACCAACCAUGUGGAACCUUGAAAAGGGUUCAGACAAAUGUAGGAUUGAAAGAACAUGAAUUGGCUUUAAACAAGGCGGUAGUAACAGAGAAACAUGUCAAUGAUCAACAAUGAUUGACUAAUGAACAUAUGAUCAGGCUAGUCAAUUCGAUCAUGGGCUAAACGUAUGCCUCCAUCUUCCUAAUUAGUAGUGUUACAAUUCGGUCUCAUGAAAAUGCCAAGUUGAGUCAUCCCUCAUCAUGCAAAGAGGGAACUAACGCACAUGAAACAAAAGAAACAUUCACAAAUCUCAUAUGGCUACUUAGAUGUUCAGCCUCUCAUGCAGAUUUCUCACUAUCUAUGCCUAAACAAUCGGGGGGUGGUGAUUGACCAAGCAAAUUCAUUUGCAAUUUUCCAUAAAAUGAAGAAGGACACUAGAUACAAUCUUAAUACACCCUCACUCAUCAUCAUUGGCUGCUAAUGAUAUCAAUCAUAUUAAUCAUGCAUAAACUCUGAUGGGCCACAAAAUUCAAAGCAAUAGUUCAAUAGGACAAUUGUGUUUGGAGCCCUAAAAUUUGAACAGUUGGCUAGGCUCUAAGAAUUCACAAUCAUUCAUUCACACCAAUAAUAAUUAGACACCACACACUUAAGCAUAGCAUUGCCCUCAAUGGAGAAAAGAUAAGGACAAGUUGGAAGGAAGGUACCGGAGUUAUGAUGAAUGUUGGAAGGAACUCGAGAAAUUUCCAUAGAUGAAAGCGUACCUUGGACGAAAAAACACCAAAAAAACUCAAAAGGGUUGGGCUAUUAACUCGAAACUCACACAAAACACACCCUACAACUCAAAACAAAGGGAAAAGGAAAAUAAAAAUGCAAACUAAUGGGUGGAUUGCCUCCCAAUGAGCACUUAUUUUACGUAUUGAGCUAGAUGCUUGCUCCUAAGUUUCACUCCAUCCCAAAAAUUCAAGUAAAUGGAGGUUCUCGUUGGUGAUAUGGCACUUCAAGUCCCAAGCAUUUGGUGUGAAAAUUGGUGAGGGUCGUGGACUUGAUUAAGCUUGAUACUCCAACUUCGAGACCUCUUCUUUCCUUCUUCUCAUUUCCCCAAAUGAUAGUAUGACAUCAAUUUGGCAAAGAGAACCCACAAAGAGUCCUUCUCAAGAAGCACUUCAAGGUUGGAUGGGGAUAUUUGAUAUAACCCUUGGCUUGUAAAAGUCUCAACCACCACGACCUCUCCCUUUUCUUAGAUACCAAUGACUUCUUCCACCUUCCUUCUUUCUUCAGAAAUAGGUUCAUCCCUUGGUUGAAAAUCAAGAACUUACUCUUCUUUGCUCUCAUAUUUCUCUAUAAAUCCGUCUCCCACCUUUCCAUCCUCUUUUUCAAAUAUGAGAUGGAGAGCAAGUCGCUGCACAAUAUCGUCAACAAGAUCAACUUGCUCUUCCACCUUUGUUACCACCUCCCCAAAGCUUGAUUGGGGAUGUGGAAGAGUGUGUUUGGAAAAAAUGGGACAUGCUUGAUCAUUUUCAUCACCGUAGAGCUCCAUCACAAGGUCCAUUUUCUCCACAAUGUCCUUAUGGCUAAAAGGCGAGCAUGAGUUAGUUGUAAACACGCUUGCUCAACAAUCUCUUCUAGCUUCUCUAAGUUCUUGAGAGUCUCCUCCAUUUCACAUAAAGCAUUUGGAUCGAGAGGGAUGUUGGGUUAGAAGAACACAUUGGAGCUGCUCUUUCGCAAUAACAAUUUAAGUACACCCACAAUAUCAGUACCACUACAUCGAUAACAUCACAACUACACUGAUUAUAUUACUACUAUACAGACAACAUUACCACUACAUGUACUGCUACACCGAUAACAUUACAAAUAGAUAAAAAAAAAAAAAAACAAUAUCAGUAUACCCACAAUAUCAAUACCACUACACUGAUAACAUUACCACUCCAUAAAAAAUGUACCACUACACCAAAAAAAAGUAUCACUGUGCAAAAUAGUACCACUAUUGAAUAAAACAAGUACCACUAUGAAAAAAUUGUAUCACUUUAGUAGAACUCAUAUCUGAGUUUUCAAAAUGGCGAAAGAGGACGACCAGAGCGAACUAAUCGCAAUAGUGAAGAGGAAGGACACCAACGAGCUAGUGGAUAAUGGUGCGAUGAGCACAUCGAGCAAAGGCAGCAUCAGUAACGUUGUCGUGCCGAAGGAGAAAGGAAAAGUAUGUUGUCUUAUCCACCUCAAAGAGAGAGGAAGAUUCUCUUCGCCUUCUCCACGUCAGAAUGAGAGGAAGAUUUCAUCGAAGAGAGUCAUCAUUGUGGGACAGGCCACGAGCGACGACGAGCAACGGUGUCGAAAGCGGCGACUUUGUCGCUGUGGGAGAGGAAGGAGGUGACGAGUAGGGUUCUUUAUUCGGUGUAGGCGAGAAGAGAGAGGAAGAAGGGAAGAGAGAGAGGAUAAUCUGAUUUUUUUUGUAACGAAGAGAUAAUAUACAAAAUGAGUGAGAGACAUCACAUGUUGUAAGGUUCUUACACUCCAAAAUUUCCCUAGACUAACCUAUACUAUUAAUUUAAAAUUAGGAAGGAAAAAAAAGGAUAAUAGAAGGUGGUUAUGUGAGUUGUCCUACUCCAAGCCCACUAAUUGGUUGCCACCAAGCAGAGCUGGCCCAGUGCUGGUAGGUCCUCCAGCACAGUGCCUCUAAAUUUUGAGGGCCUCCAUAAUCCACUCUACUAACUAGAACAUAAACGUUGUGGGUUGUAUUAAUAUGCUCAGCCCAUCAAAGAUAUUGUUAUGGGAAUAAUCUUAAGACAACAAA